CUUUAGCUGAACGAAUUGAGUCAGUAAACCAUGGCUAAAGCUUCUAACGCGUGUAGAUUUCGAACUCCCAAAGACGAAGAAGAAGAGUCGGCUUUGCUGGUGGAGUCGACACCAAAAUCAACUUUGUACAAGACCAAAUGGUCUGUUGAGCUUUUUAAAACGUGGCAGAUAUCCCGUAAAAUCAAGUAUCCUUCAUUUGAAGUCGCAAACGCGUUUAAAGAAUCAUUGAAGGAAAUGUCCGCGGUUUCUCUUAACUACUGGCUGUCUAAAUUUAUACAGGAAGUUGCCAACAAGAAUGGAGGCCGAUAUCCUCCUCGCACGUUGUAUCAGAUUGUGUGUGGAAUUAAACGUUAUUUAGAACAGGAGAAUGGUGGUGCUGCCCUAAACCCUUUGGAUAACAGCGAUAAGAGGUUUURUAUUUUCAGACGAAUUCUAGACGCUGAGAUGAAAGACGCAACUCGUGAAGGAGUCCAUAUUGCCACUAAGAAGCCAGAGAAAGAAGCUGUGACUGAUGAAGAGGAAAAGCUUUUCUGGGAGAAAGACCUUCUAGGCAAGAAAACAGCAGCAACUCUGCUACAUACAAUCUAUUUCUACAAUGGGAAGCUAUUUGGAUUGAGAGGGGCCGAGCACAGAAGUCUAACAGUGCAAAAUUUUGAAUUAGGCCCUAAUUUCAUCAAAUUUGAGGAGAAUACAUCCAAAACUUUCCACGGGGGGCUCAAAGAUCUCAAAUACACUCCCAAGAUUGUAAAGCAUAUUUGCCAUAAAGUUGACGAAGAACACGAUCCAUGCCUCGUAGAGCUAUACCGUCUUUACAUUGGCCUUGUACAAUUCAAAAGUAAAAGUUCUAGUGCAUUCUACUUCAGACCUAGCUCAACUAAGUUUCUUUAUGAGAAACGUCCAGUGGGUAUCCAUACUUUAGACAAAAUUCUGCCUUUGAUGUGCAAAGAAGCAGGAAUAAAGCCUAAAACCUCCCAUAGCCUUCGUGUUUCAUGUGCAUCUAAGCUAUUCAAUGCAGGCAUUCCCGAAAAGAUGAUCCGCGAAAGGACAGGGCACAGGUCAAAUGCACUAUUCAUGUACGAGAAAGCAAGAUACUGGUUGGUAAUGCUUUACAGUACCUUGUACUUUCUCAGGCCAUCCUUGAGAGCAAUAUUGGAACAACAGCUGACAUGYUUCAUCUUCGUUUUGGUGACGAACGAUUCUUUCCAGCUGUAGGUUUGAAACUGGUAGAUCUUUGAUCACUUGGUCUACAAAUGCUUGACUUGUUAGAUGCAGCUCGUUCUCCUC